GCUCCAUCGGCUUCAGUAUCCACGCGCGCGCCUGUGUCCUACACCACUUCAGGUCCUUCCUCGACAUCGUCAUCAUCAGCAGCAGCUGCAGUAGUACCCCCACCACCGCCACGUCCGCGGUCAUCGCUGGCGCUGCUCCCAAGCACGUUGUCGUUUCUGCCCAAUCCCAUGGAAAUCCCCGAAGACUCUGUCGUGAUGGGCGCCGACAUCGACCGGGACUUGGCGACCCAGUGGAUCUACCCAAGCAACUACCCCGUCCGCGCGUAUCAGCAGUCGAUUUCCCGCGCGGCGUUGCUGCAGAACACGCUCGUGUGUCUGCCCACGGGCCUCGGCAAGACGCUGAUCGCGGCGGUAGUCAUGUUCAACUUCUACCGAUGGUUUCCGCGCGGGAAGAUCGUGUUCAUGGCGCCGACCAAGCCGCUCGUGAGCCAGCAGAUCCAAGCGUGUCACGACGUCAUGCCCAUCCCGCAGUCCGACAUGGCUGAGCUCCAGGGCAACGUCGCGCCCGCCAAGCGCAAACAGCUGUGGGCCACCAAACGCGUGUUCUUCUGCACCCCCCAGAGCCUCCAGAACGACAUCGAGCGCGGCAACUGCGACGUCCGGUCGUUCGUGUGCGUCGUCGUGGACGAAGCGCACCGCGCGACCGGCAACUACGCGUACGUGGUUGUAAUCAAGGCCAUCGCGGCCAAAGUGUCGGGGUUCCGCGUCCUCGCGCUGUCGGCGACGCCCGGCGCCAAGUUUGACGUGAUCCAGGAUGUGAUCACGAACCUGCGCAUCUCGCACAUCGAAUGCAAAAAUGGCGACGACCCUGAUGUCAG